UAUCCCGUUAUUGUGUCAACAGCUUGUGUCAAACAUAUGUCAUUUCCUUCACACUUUGUAUACAUAAAAACUCGACCUCUACCAUCACUGGACACUGUGAAGCAACUCCCGAAUGAACAAGGCAAUCAUGCAAAUCUUCGCUCUCUCCGUGGUUCUGCUACUUCUUGGCGCAUGCUCAGUUGAAUCCGCCAGAAUAGAGAAACGUGUCACAUGUGACAUUCUGGCUCAGCUGAACAUAAUGGGCAACUCCGUUGGUAGCGCCGCCUGUGCAGCCCAUUGUCUGUGGAAGGGAUACAGGGGAGGCUCCUGUAACAGCCAAGAUGUCUGUGUCUGUCGCAGAUAGAUGACACAAAACUGAAACUGCACAUGCGCACCAAGGCGUAAUAAAAUCAAACAGUUGCAUUAA